UUGUAAAGAACAAUACAUACAUAUUUUUUUGGAUUUUUAAAAUUAACUCAUGUUUAUUUGAAAGGCCUAUUUUCCUUUUAAAAAUGAAUGACAUUAAAUUUAACGACGUAUCCAUGUCUUACAAAUCUCUUUUGGAUGAUCUUUGGCGCAAAGGCUUUACAUUGGUCUCAGCAGAGCAUUACAAAUGUUUGGUUGAGGGAAAAGAAUUGACAAAAACAGAGUUGGAUGAUUUCUAUUCUCGAAUGAAUUUGCUGAAAGAAAUGUUGAAUGAUGUAAAGUUGAGAGUUCAUUCGUUAGUCAUUACUGGAUCAGAUGCACUUGAAAGAUGGCGUUCAUUUACUAGUUUUACACAUCCAAUGCGUCAUUUGCCUCGUCAGUUACUUCUAAAAUGUGAGAAGGGCAAGGAGCCGUUGCUUUGUACACAGGCUUAUUGGUUUAUUUUGAAAUUGUUUUUAAUAAAAAUUUUAUUAGCAAAUUUUUGCAAAUUGCUGUUUCAAAUCCAGAAUUGCUUCAGCCUGGAUCAUCCUUGGAAAAUGAUCAGCCAAACGGAAUAA